AUGGCUUCAGUCGCAUCCGCCUCCCCGUCUUCUAAGCAUAGCUUCCCCCACAUGGAAUCUGGCGAUGAAUCCGACGGCUCGUGGCAACGUGUAGAGUCUUACUCGGCCUCUGUUGGUUUUAUGCCCAGUCCUUCUAGCUCGAGUAUGCAAAGCUGGGGGGUCAUUGGGAUGAAUCCCAACCAGAUCCAAGCUUCACCCGUUGCCAUGUCUCCUCUCCAACUAGAACACGACCACUCCCACGUGGUGCCUUCUAGUUCCUUUCCCGAUCACGCGACGGAUGCCUCUGUAAUGGCGACCGCAGGCAUGCAAAGCCAAUUGCUGUCCAACUUUGGUGACUCGCAGCCGUUCAUGGCUAGUGAGCAGGAUUUGAUGUUUAACGAGCCGUUUACGAGUGAGUCCCAGCGCGAGGAGUUGGCACGUCGCAAUUCGAACGUCAUUUUUAACUCCAAUGCUGUAGAUAUAGAUAUGACCCAAUAUUACUCUACAUUUCAGGGUAACAUGACCGCCAACAUGGCAGGGAUAGGUGGUUUCGAGAUGCCGACUCAGACGGCUGAGCUCAACAUCCCACCCCAGUUCCAGAACGACAACAACGUUCCUCCGUGGGCGCCUACGAACCUGAAGAAUGAAGGGUUCUCGCCGGUAGCAGGUGACGAGGUCAUCAGCAUAACGUCCCAGUCCCCAGAGCAGCGAUCUCCAACGCAUAGCUCUCUUCAGUCGAGCCCGAGAUCUCCGUACGUCAAAGCGGAACCCAGCAAGGGCGCAAGCCCUAUACGCAAAGUAAGGAGCGGCGGCUACAAGGUUGAGAAGAGGAAGGCGGAGGCGUCGAGCAAAUUCGUCAUCAUGACGCCGAACCUCAUCCACCAACAGUCAGGGAAGCCGAAUCCAUUCGAAUGCUUCGAGGCUAUGCGAACUACUCAGAGAGGUAGAAAGGGGCCAUUGGCGCAUGAGACCAAGGAGAGCGCCUUGCAAGUUCGGAGAUUAGGGGCUUGCUUUUGCUGCCACAGCCGCAAAGUGAAGUGCGACAAAGAGCGGCCGUGUAAGAACUGCAAGAAGCUCACCGCACAAGUUCCACAGAUAAUGUGCUGGCAGUUUGGGGACUUCCUCCCGGUGCUAUUCCCAGAGUUUAUGCGAACGCACUUCAAAAAAGAUCAAAUAACGAAUUUCAUCCACGAGAACGUGGAAAACUUCAAGCCCAACAACGCCGAAGUCACUUGCUCCGUCGAGCUCUUUUCCGGCUCUAAUUUUGGUUCGACCCUCACCAUUCCCGCCAGCUUCUUCACCCCUAAGUCCGCCGAGAUCCUUCAGCAUUGGCACGUGAACAUGGGCAUAAACCAGAUGGAUCUACAGUCGAGAGGCGCCGCCCCGAUUGGUAUCGACCCGGAAAACUCGACACAGAGAGAGGAGUUGAAGAGACGGGCUCGCGAGUACAUCCAUAACCUCACAUCUGAGCCCAUGUACGCCCAGCAGGUAACGGAUGCCAUCCGAUCGACCCAAGUACCGCGGAAAGUCUUGUCGAUUGUACAGCGCUUCGCGCAACGUUCCGAGUCUUCGCAGGUGGCGAUGGUGAAACGCGCACUGAGUAUCUACGUCACACACUACGUGCUCACGCGACAGCUCUGCCUCACCGAAGCUACGAUCGUCAGCUUGCAGGACACGAACAUGGUGCCGCGAGGCAACCCGUGGCUGACGUCGCGAGUGCUGAACCGGCAGGUGAAGGCGGUUCUCGACGAGAUGCUGCUGAAGGAGAUGCAGGCGCUCUUCGACGGGUUCUCCAAGUCGCUGAAGCCGAAGCUCCGGCGCGAGUGGGCGCCGUGUCUGGCCGCGUUCCUGGUGCUGUGUCUGUUCAUGGAGACGGUAGAGACGGCCGCCGACACGUUCGUCAUCUCGCAGAACGAAAUCUCAAUCCGCAACCGCUCCAAACCCGAGUACCGCCGGGACUUCGCGCUCACGCUUUGCCGCGACAUUGAUAACCUCCCCUUCAAGCAGUUCGCGUACCAGUUCCACCAGGUCUACCAGACCCAUACCCGGGACACCGGCGCCAAGGCCUUCAAUCCCCUCGCCGACGCCAACUUUGCGCAGAUGGACGAACUCGACGGCCCGGCCGCCGAGAUGGUGGCCUCGCUAAAGGAGCUGCUCCAGGGCGACGGAUGGGCCGAGCUCGACUUCCUCGUCGCGGACCCCAUCCUGCCUAACCAGGAGGGCCACCCGUUCCCGCGCGACGUGUCGCUGAACUACACGGGCCGCCUGGUAGCGCGGUUUCUGCUGUCUUUUACGGACGAGAAGUACCUCUUCGACGGCCAAUACUAA